AGGGCAGCACCGGCCUGCAGAUAAUGCAGAAGAUUUUGUUUUUCAAUGAAUGGACGAGCCGUUUCUAGUUGGGAGCUGAUGGAGAGGAAAAGUUAAUCUGAUAUCUGUGGGAAGCACACGGAAAAGUUCCUAAUUUCCGCAUACGGCGAGUGGUUAUGGACUUGUGAAAAAACUAAUACCUCGGGAAGAUCAAAGGCUGGCAGAGCUUGAAGUCCAAAAAUCAGCACUUUGUCAGGAGCAAUGUAACUGCGGAUGUAAAACUUCCUGCUCUGUCAAAGCCUAUCAAUGCUUGAGGAGACGAUAUUCAUGGUGUCAGCCUCCUCCUGAAUGAGGUUUUUCGACGGCAAACUUCAGGCAGAGGUCAUCCGGAGGCAUGCCUGCAAACUCAGCCUCUAAAUCGGGUCAGAGCAAUGUGUCGGCCAAUCAGUCAUCCUGCUGUAUUCGCCUGCAUAUUUUUUACAAGAUUGUGAUCGCGGCAGUGGUGAUCCUAGUUAUUCUCCAGUAUUGCUUCAGUGCCAUAUCCGAAGGCCAAAAGCUCGAGCCACUGUUCCAUAUUGCACAUAAUAAAUUUUCCUCGAGGCCAAUCGGAAGAAUUAUCGCCUCCUCGUCAGUUGGCAGUCUUUUUGAAAGACAUGAAAAUGCAUCUCAAUCGUCAGCAAACGACAACGCAACAGUUUCUAAUAAUAUCUUACGCAGGUGCCCGCCUGUGCCACCAAAUUUAGAGGGCCCUAUUGUGGUGCACAAAGAAGAUGUAGCCUCGGAAGUUUUGGAGAAGAAACUUGGCCCAUUCCUUCACCCUGGUGGCUUUGGCAAACCUUCCAACUGCCAGGCUAAAGAAAGUGUGGCCAUCGUCAUACCUUACCGGUCGAGAGCAGUUCACCUUCGGGUUUUGCUUGCAAACUUGCACCCGUUGCUCCGUCGACAGCAGUUGGAGUAUGCAAUUUUUGUGGUCGAGCAGGCAGGAAAUGGGCCAUUCAACCGUGCCAUGCUGAUGAACAUUGGCUACAAAGAGGCCCUUAGACUGAAAAACUUCACUUGUUUCAUCUUCCACGAUGUAGACCUUCUGCCGGAGGACGACAGAAAUAUUUACUCUUGUCCAGAGCAGCCGCGCCACAUGAGCGCCGCAGUUGACAUCUUCAAAUACAAGCUACCUUACGCAGAAAUAUUUGGAGGUGUCAGUGCAAUGCGCAGGGAGCACUUUGAGAAGGUGAACGGCUUCUCUAAUGCAUUUUGGGGUUGGGGAGGUGAAGACGAUGAUAUGGCUAACAGAAUCAAGUUCCACAAACUCCACAUCUCUAGAUAUCCUACCAACAUAGCUCAUUACAAAAUGCUUGCUCACAAGAAGGAAAAGGCUAGUCCUAGCAGAUACAAGAUCCUCUACACAGGAAAACGGCGCUUCAAGACAGACGGUUUGAAUUCAUUGAAAUAUAAUGUAAAGAAAAGAGAACUGAGGCCCCUCUACACUUGGCUCUUGGUAGAACUGCUCAAGGGCCCAAACUCUAGCUGAUGGCACGCUUGGGCUGACAAAAUUUUGGGCCACCUUGUUAGCUAAAGAAAGUCAAAGGAUCUGAAUUUUGAUCUGAAAAGUGAUGGUCUGAAUUGUUCAGAUUUUGGACAAUAUUGGACUGGCAAAGUCAUCACCUACUUGCUUAAAAGUGAUUUUUGUUGGGCAUAAGUCUCAACCUCAACCGUGUUUUUGAUCAACCCAUAAAUGCUUCUCGUUAUAGAAUCUCGUAUGCAGAAUGAUAAAGAUUUUAGAUUUGUUGAAAAUCUUCCGAAAUUCAGAUCAAUGUUUUGGGAAAUUUCGUUAAAUAAAUCCUGGUUUCCCCUGAUCAGGUUUGUGAUAUUGACCUGGGCCCCGCUCGAAAUAAUGUGCAGGCUCUGUAAGUUUUGAUCCUGAAAAUGAUUGACAAACUUCCAUAAAAUACAGAUACCACCCCGGCUUGGAGUUUUACAUUUAUCUGAUAAAAAACAUAAAAAAUUCCAAGUUUAUUUUAAUAUUUUUCCGUGAUGGUUGCCAUUAUUUCGUUUCAGUUAAAUUGAAUAAAUCAUUGCUAAAUUUAAUGUUCAAUGCUCAAAUCAGUGGUAGGCUGUGUAAUUCUAGGUCAGAUAACCUCUGAAUUUGGUGUUUAUUUGGAAUCCACAUCAGAUUUUUAGAUCAUAUAAACUGUCGAUUGUUUUGAUGGUACAAUAUUUAUAUUUUUUAAUAUAACACAUCCCAUUUUAAAUUUAUCUCAUUAUUUUUCAGUAGCAUCUCAUGUAGUGGCAUUGCUUCUUAAGAAUAUCAUAAUUAUAAUAUCCAUUUGAAAAAAAUGCCAUAUUAUUCAUUUAAAACCUACAAAAUCCUGAGGCAGCUACUGCCUUUGGUUCCUAUGAUCUGAAAUUCUCACAAAUGUAAUCUGGUAGUUUUAAUGCCGGUGUGCUGCUAUUUGCUGCACACCUCUAGUCAUGUAUAAGUGGCUGAGGGGUUUUGUUACUAAUAUGAAAAUCGGAGGAAAAUAUGUUAACUUUGCACUUGGACUAAUUAUUGUAAAAUUUUGGGAAACCAACAGCCCUGGUGUAUCAUUAUCAUUCCAAAGAUUAGAGGAAUACAAAUAAAAAAAUUGUUACGCUAAAAAAAAAUACAUAUUUAAUAACAAAAUGCACCCAUAACACUAUGAAAACUAAGGUCCAAAGAAUAGUAAAAUUAAUAAUUGCAACUUAAAAAAACUAUAUUAACAUUAAUAAAUCUCUUUCAAAAGUUGUGUAAACUUAAGCUA